CAAUCGAAAGCGGGGCCUUGAUCCUCUCCUCGGGCAGUGGCUGCGCCGAGCCAGUGCCGCGCUCCCCGCAGCCGUCGGGACCGGCACAGCCGCCUCGCUCUCUCCGCGCACCGCUGGCCCCACCGAGCGCCUAUGGGCAUCUGCAGCCGGCGAGGGCUUCGCACCACCGCCACCGGCAGCAGCGGCAGAGGGCGGCGACCGCCACCCCGCUUCAUCGCCUCUUGGGAUCUAUAGCCGGCGGACGGAGCGCGCUGCGCACCCUUCCCCGCCUCCGUGCAGGAUCAGAAAAAUGAGACUGGAGAGGCAGUAUCCCUUGUGUUUCAAAAGAGUAGAAGAGUAUGCCUGAGAAAUGUGGCAUAAGGCAUCUUGUGGAGAGCUCACCUCUGUCUUUUUCUAGAAGACAAAGGAUGGUUUGGAAAUUUGCCCUGUCCGUUCUUCUGAUGGCGGCGCUGGUUCGGGUAUCGGACACCAGGAAAAACCGCCCCGCAGGUGCCAUUCCCUCCCCCUACAAAGGCAGCAGCAGCAACCACUCGGAGCGGAGGCAGCAGCUGAACAAGGAGGUGCUGGCCUCCAGCCAGGAGGCCCUGGUGGUCACCGAGAGGAAGUACCUCAAGAGCGACUGGUGCAAGACGCAGCCGCUGCGGCAGACUGUCAGCGAGGAGGGCUGCAUCAGCCGCACCAUCAUCAACCGCUUCUGCUACGGGCAGUGCAACUCCUUCUACAUCCCGCGGCACGUGAAGAAGGAGGAGGAGUCCUUCCAGUCCUGUGCCUUCUGCAAGCCGCACAAGGUCACCUCUUCCACCGUGCAGCUGGAGUGCCCCGAGCUGGACCCACCGUUCCGACUCAAGAAAAUUCAGAAGGUCAAGCAGUGCCGGUGCAUGUCUGUGAAUCUGAACAGCUCAGGCAAACUGUGAGAACAGGCACGUAGCUGCUGCUUGGUGUUGUCUCCAUCAGCUUUACUGCUGCCUCUCCUCUUCCACUGAGCAGACCAUCCAUUUUGUUGGUUUGUUUCUUCUUUUCCUAUUUUUUUUUUUUUUUGGUGUUUUGUUUUCUUUCAGGAGGCAUCUCUCCAGCAAGGAAAGGCUCCUUGUCACUUGCCUGCUGGAAUAACGCUUUAUAACCAGCUGUGUUAGGCACUUCACCAUAAAAUUUCAUUGUAUUUUAAACUUCAUCUGGCAGUUGGAUCUUCUGGAGUGGAGCAGGCUCACAGAAGUUGGGAUUGAUCAUCUAAGUGACCAGUUGGCUGAAUCCAGCAUUAAAUGUUUCCACUGUGUGGAGUAAAGCCCUCUGCCCUACACUCCAGUUCCCUCCACAAGUUGAGAACGCCUUCCCCGUGCUUUGGUCUGGAGCUUGCUUCUCUCACUUGGAAGGGCUGGGGUGCUGCCCAGGACCGGGGGACACAGAUGAGGGAGAGUAACGAGGAGCAAUAUGUGAAAAGCAAAGUGAGACUUUCCGAUGAGGCUCCUCUCCUUAAGACGGCUUCAAUUGUGCAAUGACAAAUGAUUCUGGGCUUGUUGUCUGAGCGGCAGAUCAGAAGCAAGGGGAAGAGGGUGAGGCGCUGGGUCAGCCACGGUGACCACAGAGCAGACUGAGCGUGGGUUCUGAUGCUGUUGUGGUUAGAGUAUAUUGAACACAUGGCCUCUGCAGCAGUGUUUAUUUUGUAACCUAGCUAUAGUAAACAGCUGUUUAAAGUAUUACAGACCUAGCCAUGUAUAUUUUUCUUGUGGCAGAGUAUGCCAGCGAUUAAAAUAUGUUAAGAGACUCGGUUGCUAGGUUGGCUGCCUGGCUUAAAAUGGACAUGGUUUUACUAUGCUUUUGGUAGGUUUUUGUUUGUUAGAUAUGUGUGUGUGUUUCUUACUCCAAAAAGGACAACAUCCAUUUCUGACCUUAUGUUUUUAUGCCUGCUCAAACCAGGGGAGGUAGAAGGGUAGUGGGAGAGAACGUUUAAGGGAAUGAAGUGUCCCCAAAAGUCUAAAAGCACUGUCACACAAAGGACAAAGUUUGGUCAUUGCUGGACUGAAUACAAAAGCUACAUAAGUGUCAUCAAGUUUUGGGAGUGGUGUCUCUCCCAUGAUUGGAAACCAUGUUAAUGUGUUAGUGUUAAAGGACAAUCGCCUCAAUCAGUGCUGCUGGAAUGGGUCACAGCUGUGGGAGCAGGGAGAGAGUAAGUUGUAAUUGCUACACUAUUGGUGGUCCACUCAGUUUUUGAGACCUGCACAAUAAGUUGGUGAACACUUGCAGUUCAUUUUAAAUCUAAAAUAUGUUGUUAUUCAGUUGAUGGAGUUUAACACGUUCUGUAUAUCCCAUUCGUUACAGUUCUGAUUUGUAUUAGUCCCAGCUGCAUUAAAAUCCAGUCUCAAAUCAGCCCCUUCCCCCAAAGCAAAGCCGGUGCGCACGCAGUUGUCUGAAGCUUACAAAUUAAAAAUGACUCACUGACUCCCCGUGCAUGUCGCACAGCUCGGCAUCUGCAGCCUGCUGCCAGAGCCCCUCCCCUCCAGCCUCUGUGCACGCAGCCACUUCAAGGGGUUAACGUGUUCAGCAGUGUCGCCAGCCGGGGCUUCAGAGCCACAGGUCCCCAUUAUGUGACACAGGCCUCCCUAAGAGGCUUUGAGGACUGAUCUCCACAAGAGCUCCAAGCGGUUUACAGGGACUGCCGUGGGCAGGGUGAGGUUGGUGGGGUCUGGCAGCCCUGUUACAGGAGCAGACGUCGCUUUUCUGCUCUGACCUUCCAACGCGUCAGAAGUGCACAGGGAGAUUCCUGGCGCAGGGAAUGCUUUAGGGGCUGUUGCUGCUGCCUUGUGGCAUCGUGCCAGCCCCAGGAUGGGCACCAUUCAGACUAGUCUUGAGAGUGUGGGCGUGGGUGGGGUGCAGAUGGGGAAGGUGGCAAUAUAGUCUACAAAGACUCCGGGGAUCUCAGUCUUCACUUGAAAGGAAUCAACUGAAAGUCAGACACUUUGGACCAGAGAGAGAAAAGCACCCUAGUAAAUUCACUUAAGAAAAACGUGCAAGAAUCUUUACCUUUAAGCUAUGCCCUGCCUGGGUUUUUCACCAGUUUGCAAUAUGAAUAUGCUGCAGCUUAAAGCUCCUUCUAGGAGCUGUGUUUAUGUAAAAAACUGAGUUGAGCUUGUAAUGGUUAAAACUGUAUUUAAUUCUUGUUUUAUAAAUGAAAACAAAAAAUGAAGAAAUGCUUUAAGUAUAAUGUAAUUAUUUUAUAGGUCAACUAUUAAAUUAUAGAAUAAAUAAUAAAGCUACUCUAGGGUUAUAUGGCAUCCAGGUGUUUUGCUUCAAGAGUUUGUGUCCAACUGCUCUCUACUCAGUAUAUUCUCCAGCUUCCUUUUCACCCUCCCAAAUAUAGGUGAAUGAUGGCUCAUCCUGACAGGUUGAGAAAACCUAACUACUUCUCCCCUUGUUUUCCCCUCCCCUCAGAAGUACCUGGAAGGCAAGAGGGAAGAAUAAAAUGCAUUAUUCU